GGGAGCAGCCGGCAAGGCGGCCCCCAGCCCGGCCAGAGGGUGUACAAGCAGUCCAUGGCUCAGCGAGCCCGGACCAUGGCUCUCUACAACCCCAUCCCCGUCAAGCAGAACUGCUUCACCGUCAACAGAUCCCUCUUCAUCUUCAGCGAAGAUAACAUUAUACGGAAAUAUGCCAAGCGAAUAACGGAGUGGCCUCCAUUUGAAUACAUGAUUUUAGCCACCAUUAUAGCCAACUGUAUUGUGCUGGCUUUGGAGCAGCAUCUACCAGAUGGAGACAAGACACCCAUGUCAGAGAGACUGGAUGACACUGAGCCGUACUUUAUUGGAAUAUUUUGUUUUGAAGCUGGUAUAAAAAUCAUCGCUCUGGGGUUUGUUUUUCAUAAAGGCUCUUACCUCCGAAAUGGCUGGAAUGUGAUGGAUUUUGUUGUGGUCCUCACAGGAAUUCUAGCCACUGCUGGGACUGAUUUUGACCUACGGACCCUGCGAGCUGUCCGAGUAUUAAGACCACUGAAGCUUGUGUCAGGAAUCCCAAGUUUACAGGUUGUCCUCAAGUCCAUCAUGAAGGCUAUGGUGCCCUUGCUUCAGAUUGGGCUGCUUCUAUUCUUUGCUAUUGUGAUGUUUGCCAUUAUCGGACUGGAGUUCUACAUGGGGAAGUUUCAUAAAACGUGCUUCUCCAAUGAGACAGGUGAGGAGGUGGGAGAUUUUCCCUGUGGAGAGGAGCUUCCGGCCAGGCAAUGUGAGAGUGGAAGCACAUGCAGGAAGUACUGGCAAGGCCCCAACUAUGGAAUCACCAACUUUGACAAUAUCCUGUUUUCCGUGUUAACUGUCUUCCAGUGUAUCACUAUGGAAGGCUGGACCGACAUCCUCUACAACACCAAUGAUGCAGCAGGAAAUACCUGGAACUGGCUCUACUUCAUCCCUCUCAUCAUCAUUGGCUCUUUCUUCAUGCUCAACUUGGUGCUGGGCGUCUUAUCAGGUGAAUUUGCCAAAGAGCGUGAGAGGGUGGAAAACCGCCGAGCCUUUCUGAAGCUCCGUAGGCAGCAGCAGAUUGAACGAGAGCUAAAUGGGUACUUGGAAUGGAUCUUUAAGGCAGAAGAGGUGAUGCUGGCAGAAGAAGAUAAGAAUGCUGAAGAGAAGUCCCCUCUGGAUGGGAGGGCCGCCUCCGAAGGGCCGAUUCAACCAGGCACGGCACCGGCGGAGACUAGCGGCGGCAGCAGCUACAACAUGUUGAAAAGAGCUACAAUAAAGAAGAGCAAAAAUGAUCUGAUUCAUGCUGAAGAAGGUGAGGAUCAUUUCACAGACAUUUGCUCUGUUGGGUCUCCAUUUGCUCGUGCCAGUCUGAAGAGUGGAAAGAAUGAAAGUUCCUCAUAUUUCCGGAGGAAAGAGAAGAUGUUCCGGUUCUUUAUCCGGCGCAUGGUGAAAGCACAAAGCUUCUAUUGGAUCGUCCUCUGUGUUGUUACUCUGAACACCCUGUGCGUUGCCAUGGUGCAUUACGCCCAGCCAGAGAAACUCACCACUGCUUUGUAUUUUGCAGAGUUUGUUUUCCUGGGUCUGUUCCUUACUGAGAUGUCCUUGAAGAUGUACGGACUGGGGCCAAGAAAUUAUUUCCACUCCUCAUUCAACUGCUUUGACUUUGGGGUGAUUGUGGGGAGUAUUUUUGAAGUUAUCUGGGCUGCAGUGAAGCCUGGUACCUCAUUUGGCAUCAGUGUAUUGAGGGCUCUUCGACUGCUGAGGAUUUUCAAAGUAACCAAAUAUUGGAACUCCCUGAGAAACCUGGUGGUGUCCUUGCUGAACUCCAUGAAAUCCAUCAUCAGUUUGCUCUUCCUGCUCUUCCUGUUCAUCGUGGUGUUUGCUUUGCUAGGGAUGCAGCUCUUUGGAGGACAGUUUAAUUUUCAAGAUGAAACACCUACCACAAACUUUGAUACUUUUCCUGCUGCCAUCCUCACUGUGUUUCAGAUACUGACUGGUGAAGACUGGAACGCGGUGAUGUAUCAUGGGAUAGAGUCACAGGGCGGUGUCCACUCAGGAAUGUUCUCUUGCGUUUACUUCAUCGUCCUGACAUUGUUUGGUAACUACACACUCCUGAAUGUCUUCCUGGCUAUUGCUGUUGACAAUCUUGCAAAUGCACAAGAGUUGACAAAGGAUGAAGAGGAAAUGGAAGAAGCUACAAAUCAAAAACUUGCUCUUCAAAAGGCCAAGGAGGUAGCAGAAGUCAGUCCCAUAUCUGCUGCUAACAUUUCCAUAGCAGCUUUUGUAAAGCAAACUCGAGGUACUGUAUCUCGCAGCUCGUCAGUCUCCAGCGUAAAUUCACCCAAGCAGCAGAACUCCUCCAAAUCCAAGUCUGUUUGGGAACAGAGGACCAGCCAGAUCCGAAUACACAAUUUCCGAGCCAGCUGCGAGGCACUGUACAAUGAGCUCGACCCAGAGGAGCGAGUGCGCUAUGCUACCACCCUACACAUCCGACCAGACAUGAAAACUCAUUUGGAUCGGCCUCUGGUGGUAGAGCCAAGGACUGAAGGUCGGAACAAUGUCAAUAAGCUAAGCCCUGGAGAUGUCCAGGACAUUGAGCAGACCAAGACCAUCUCUGCUGAGUGUGCAGAAGCUCCACGGAAACAUCACCGGCAUCGGGAUAAAGACAAGACAGGAGAACAAGAGAAGAGUGACAUGACCAAGGAUGAGAACGGGGAAUCUGGCACAAACAACAAAGAGGAACGACAUAGGCAACACAGGAGCCGCAGCAAAGAAGCGGAGGGGAGUAGCAAGGAAGGGAAAAUUGAGCGCAGCAGAGGCCAGGAAGGGGGGAAGAGGCAUCAUCGUCGUGGGUCAGUAGAGGAAGGGGCUGAGAAGGAGCACCGGAGGCAUCGAACUCACCGGCACUCAGCUGAGCGGCAAGGCAAGGAAGGCAACGGAACAAUCAAUGGUGCCAGAACUGAGCGGCGUUCACGUCACCGAGGAGGGUCAAGGUCGGGGAAUCGAGAAGGAGAUCCAGGCUCAAAAGGAGAGAAUGGGGAAGAGCCUCACAGACGGCACAGAUUUCGGAACAGAGCUCUGUCAACCUAUGACCCAGUGGAGAAGGAGAAUGGGGAAAAAGAAGGAGAUGUUGGGGAAAAGGAUCAUAGGAACCAUCAGCCAAAGGAAAACCAGUGCGAGAUCGAGGCUGGGGCGAGUGUCAGUGUUGUCCCAGUGCAAACCCUUCCCAGCACAUACCUGCAGAAAGUGCCUGAACAGCCGGAAGAUGCUGACAAUCAGAAGAAUGUGACUCGGAUGACUCAGCCGCCGCUGGACAAAACCACCACUGUGAACAUCCCUGUUACCAUCACUGCACCACCGGAGGAGACCACCGUCAUACCAAUGAACAGCGUUGAAUUUGAAAGUAAAACUGAAGAGAAAAAAGAUGUGGAUGGUGAUGACUUGACAAAAAAUGGGCCGAAGCCAAUCCUGCCUUACAGCUCCAUGUUUAUCUUGAGUCCUACAAACCCAAUCCGACGCCUGUUUCAUUACAUUGUGAACUUGCGCUACUUUGAGAUGGUCAUCCUCAUAGUCAUAGCACUAAGCAGCAUCGCUCUGGCAGCUGAAGACCCUGUCCAAGCCGAGUCACCAAGGAAUGAUGCUCUCAAGUAUCUGGAUUACAUAUUUACGGGGGUCUUUACUUUUGAAAUGGUGAUAAAGAUGAUUGACUUGGGUCUGCUGCUUCACCCUGGCUCCUAUUUCCGUGACCUAUGGAACAUCUUGGACUUUAUUGUGGUCAGUGGGGCCUUGGUGGCAUUUGCCUUCUCGAGUUUCAUGGGAGGAACCAAAGGCAAGGAUAUCAACACCAUCAAGUCACUGCGAGUUCUGCGGGUGCUAAGACCCUUGAAGACCAUCAAGCGUCUGCCAAAGUUAAAGGCGGUCUUUGACUGUGUAGUAAAUUCCUUGAAGAAUGUCCUCAAUAUCCUGAUUGUUUACAUGCUCUUCAUGUUCAUCUUUGCUGUCAUUGCUGUGCAACUCUUCAAAGGCAGAUUCUUCUACUGCACGGAUGAAUCAAAGGAGCUAGAGAAGGACUGCAGGGGUCAGUACCUGGAUUAUGAAAAGAGUGAGGUGGAGGCAAAGCCCAGGCAGUGGAAAAAAUAUGAGUUCCACUACGACAACGUGCUUUGGGCUCUGUUAACACUAUUCACUGUCUCCACGGGAGAAGGGUGGCCAACUGUAUUGAAGCAUUCGGUGGAUGCUACAUAUGAGGAACAAGGUCCCAGCCCUGGCUAUCGAAUGGAAAUGUCUAUCUUUUACGUGGUGUACUUUGUUGUCUUCCCUUUUUUCUUUGUGAAUAUAUUUGUGGCGCUGAUCAUCAUCACCUUCCAGGAGCAAGGAGAUAAAGUGAUGUCGGAAUGCAGCCUAGAGAAAAAUGAGAGGGCCUGUAUAGACUUCGCCAUAAGUGCCAAACCACUGACCCGCUACAUGCCUCAAAACAAGCAGUCUUUUCAAUACAAGAUGUGGAAGUUUGUGGUGUCCCCUCCCUUUGAAUAUUUUAUCAUGGUCAUGAUUGCACUCAAUACAAUUGUGCUGAUGAUGAAGUUCUAUGAUGCUCCAGAAGCAUAUGAAGAAAUGCUGAAAUGCCUGAAUAUUGUGUUUACAUCUAUGUUUUCAAUGGAAUGUGUGUUGAAGAUCAUUGCCUUUGGUGUACUGAAUUAUUUCCGAGAUGCUUGGAAUGUCUUUGAUUUUGUAACAGUAUUGGGAAGUAUUACUGAUAUUUUAGUAACAGAGAUUGCGGACACGGACAACUUUAUCAACCUCAGCUUCCUGCGGCUCUUCAGGGCAGCAAGACUCAUCAAGCUCCUUCGCCAAGGUUACACCAUCCGCAUUCUGCUCUGGACAUUUGUGCAGUCUUUUAAGGCAUUGCCUUAUGUGUGUCUCCUCAUUGCGAUGCUCUUCUUCAUCUAUGCCAUUAUUGGCAUGCAGGUAUUUGGAAACAUUGCACUAGAUGAUGAUUCCUCAAUUAAUCGACACAAUAACUUCAGAACGUUCUUGCAAGCCCUGAUGCUACUGUUCAGGAGUGCUACAGGGGAAGGCUGGCAUGAGAUCAUGUUGUCAUGCCUCAGUAACAGAGCCUGUGAUCCACGAUCUGGCCUCACCAAAGAUGAAUGUGGAAGUGACUUUGCCUAUUUUUACUUUGUCUCUUUCAUCUUCCUCUGCUCCUUUCUGAUGUUGAACCUGUUUGUGGCUGUAAUCAUGGACAACUUUGAGUACCUGACACGAGACUCUUCCAUCCUAGGACCCCAUCACCUGGAUGAGUUUGUUCGUGUCUGGGCUGAAUAUGACCCAGCUGCCUGCGGGCGCAUCAGUUACACUGACAUGUAUGAGAUGCUGAGACACAUGUCCCCACCUCUAGGCCUGGGAAAGAAAUGCCCUGCUCGAGUUGCUUAUAAGCGCCUUGUGCGGAUGAACAUGCCGAUCUCGGACCAGGACUUAACGGUCCAUUUCACAUCCACCCUCAUGGCCUUGAUUCGGACAGCUCUAGAGAUCAAACUUGCUUCAGGAGGGGUGAAACAGCACCAGUGCGAUGCUGAACUAAGGAAAGAGAUCUCACUGGUUUGGCCUAAUCUGUCCCAAAAGACACUGGAUCUGUUGGUGCCUCCUCAUAAACCUGAUGAAAUGACCGUGGGGAAAGUCUAUGCAGCACUCAUGAUAUUUGAUUUCUACAAGCAGAAUAAAAACAGCAGGGAGCAAGUGCAUCAACCACCUGGAGGCCUUUGCCAGACUGGACCAGUGUCACUGUUUCACCCUUUGAAAGCCACGCUUGAGCAAACCCAACCUCCAGCAUUCAACAAUGCUAAAGCCUUCCUUCGUCAGAAAAGUUCUGCAUCACUCAACAACGGGGGCACGCUACCAGCUCCAGAGGGUGGGAUCAAGGAGUCCAGUUCAUGGGGGAUUCAGCGCACGCAGGACAUAUUUUACGAAACCAGGACACCGGCUUUUGAGCGAGGCCACUCAGAAGAAAUUCCCAUUGAACGGACAAGCAAACAGGUUGUAGAAAUGAGAGAAAUCAGCCCCACCUUGGCCAAUGGAGAGCACCAACCUGGCCUGGAGAGCCAGGGACGGGCGGCUUCCAUGCCACGUCUGGCUGCCGAAACUCAGAGGAGCAAAGCACGUUCACCUGGGAGUUACCUAGCACCCAUCCCAGACACAAGCCCCAUGAAGCGCUCCAUCUCCACAUUGACACCACAGCGUCCGCACCCCAUGCACCUGUACAACUAUUCCUUGGAGCGCAUGCCACCAGACCAGGUCCACCACCACCAUCACCAUCGCUGCCAUCGACGGAAAGAAAAGAAGCAGAAGUCCAUGGAUAGGCCCUCCUACCACCUGGCUGAUGGAGAUGCGGUGGCCCAGCCAGGUGAGACUUCUUCCAGGGAUAAGAAGCAGGAACGUGGCAGGUCCCAAGAGAGGAAGCAGCACUCCUCCUCUUCCUCUGAAAAACAACGCUUCUACUCCUGCGACCGCUAUGGGAGCCGGGACCAUUCUCAGCCCAAAUCUGCCGAUCAUAGCCGACCCACCUCACCCAACGGGGGACCAGAACAAGGGCCUCACAGACAGGGUAGUGGUUCAGUUAAUGGGAGCCCCUUGAUGUCAACAUCUGGUGCUAGCACCCCGUGCCGUGGUCGGAGGCAGCUCCCGCAGACUCCAUUGACCCCUCGCCCCAGCAUCACUUACAAGACCGCUAACUCCUCGCCCGUGCACUUCACCAGUUUCCAAACCGGCCUGCCCACUUUCUCCCCGGGACGCCUGAGCCGUGGCUUGUCUGAGCACAAUGCAUUACUGCGUGGGGACUCCCAGAACCACUCACACACCAUGGUGGCUCGCAUCGGUUCUGACCCUUACCUUGGACACCGAGAUGAUAGUGACAGUCCAUACCGUGUUGUUCCAGAGGACACACUCACCUUUGAGGAGGCUGUCGCAACCAAUUCAGGAAGGUCCUCAAGGACUUCUUACGUCUCGUCCUUGACUUCCCAGUCUCACCAAAUCCGCAGGGUUCCCAAUGGCUACCACUACACAUUGGGCCUCAACACAGGCCCUGGGACAGGCUCCAGAGGACACAGCUAUUACCAUGAAGCUGAUGAGGAUGACUGGUGCUAGCAUAAAGGCAAAACCAUUGCAGGUGUGUGCUUUUAAAAUUGAUGAGUUUUAUCAUCUGGCAGUCUGUACACUCAGACAUGCAUGGUACCCAGGGCUGGGGAGUGAGGAAGCAACCCCCAGAAGGAAAAUCCCACUGCAAGAAGUGUGUCUGUGC